AUGUCGGGAGUUUCCAGCGUUCCAGCCACAGCGCUUGACAAUGAUGUCCCACCACCAAAAAGCCCAAAGGCUCAAUUGGAUGUGCUGAUCGCACAAACCGCUAACUUGAUGGCAGUCAAUGAGCAGCUUCGCAAAGAAAUCGCGGAAAAUGAGCACAUUCACUCGUUGCAAAUGCGUGCGCUCAACAUUCUUCCUCAGAACACACUGGGACACUCGUUCGCCGACCCAAGACGUCGUGGAGAGCGUCGUAUGCAGAAGCCAGAAUCGUACAAGACGGUUAUAUGCCAAGCAUGGCUCGAGUCCAAGACCUGCACUUUCGCAGAGAAUUGCCGUUUUGCUCACGGCGAGGAGGAGCUCCGUCCGUCUCUUAUCGAGCCGCGUCAAAACAACAAAUACAAGACAAAACUGUGCGACAAGUACACCACCACUGGCCUGUGCCCAUAUGGCAAGCGUUGUCUCUUCAUACAUCCGGAUCAUGGACCGAACGCCUACAUUCGUGCUGACAAGCUGUUCGAGGUUUCCCAGCGCCACGCGCUUGCCGAUCUCCGUGAUCAGAUGGAGCAGCAUAUCAUGACAGGCGGUCGUACCACGGCUCCAGAUCUCAGCGCUGUUCCAUCUCAGCCUUUGGAUAUGAUGGCUGCUAGACCAUGUACUCCAGAUGAGCCAGCCGCCAAGAUGCCAUUGGGACCUACGCCAGUUAGUUCUCGUGGACCAAAGUACGAGAUCCCGUUGUUGAGCUCACCGGAAGAAGACGCAGCCAAUCAUCCACCAUCGAGCUGGCCAUUGGAGCCAUCUUCAUUCUUCAAUUUGGACAAUCCAAGCAUGACAAGCCGUCCAAUGAGCCCAUUCGAGUCGAUGCUCAUCGGAGCAGCCGCCAACGGAGUCUUGCCAUUCACCAUGCUCGGAAAGCAGUCGACCCCCGGAGGAGUAUCCGGCUACUCGUCCGCCGGAUCGACACCGCUGCAAGAUCUCGAUACGUCUCCACUGGCAGCCGCUGCUGCUGCUUAUCUCGCCAACUCGGCCCUGCUCACAAAGUCGUCGACCAUCGAUCCAAUGCUGAAGCCCGACGAAUCAUUCUCCACGAUGCCUACAUUCGAUCAGUUUGCUGAAGACAUGGCAAAGCAUCUCGAGCUUUGGUGA